UGCGCCAAUCCAGGAAGCGUGCGUCGGGCUGUCCUCCAAUCUGUGGAGGAGCCCGGAGUCCAGGUCUGAGACGCGCCAGGACUCUACUAGUUUGAGGAGAUAGAGGGCGUUAGAGGCGCGGCGCUCCGAAAGGGACGGAAGACGGAAAAUGGCGGCUUUAGGGUCCCCGGGGCACACCUUGCGAGGCCUCCUGCGGGAGCUGCGCUACCUGAACGCGCCCACCGGGCGAGCCUAUCGUGACACCGCAGCCUAUCGGUACCUCAUGAAGGCUUUCCGUGCUCAUCGGGUCACAAGUGAGAAGCUGUGCAGAGCCCAACAUGAACUGCAUUUCCAGGCGGCCACCUACCUUUGCCUCCUGCGCAGUGUUCGGGAACACCUGGCCUUGCACCAGGAGUUUCAUGGCAAGGGUGAGCGGUCAGUGGAGGAGUCUGCAGGCUUGGUGGGUCUCCAGCUGCCCCGUCAGCCUGGCGGGAAGGGCUGGGAGCCGUGAGAGUGGAGAGAUGCUUUGGAUGCCACCCUGAGGAGAGUUUUAAUAAUUUCUAUCAAUAUGUAUUUAUCAUUAAAAUUUUUUUUAAGUUUA